CGAAGAAGCCAAUCUCCCCUCCGGCCCCAAAUAACACAGAAACCCUAAUUUUUGGGUCCGAUUCAGAGUUUCAUCUCAGCCUCGCAUUACAUGUCCCACCCCCACUCACUCACCCUAUAUCCGUAAUAAUUUUACAUAUACCCAAAUUUCAUCUCUUUUAUAUUUUUUUCUUUCUCUCAUUUUCCCCCAAUUCUUUUAUUCUUCGUCCUCUUUCUCUUCUUCUCAUCAACAAACAAAUUUGUCAAAAUCCCCUCUUCUUUCCCCAAUCUUCCCAACCGUCAACAAUUCCGAUUCAUCACCGACUCAAUUCUUCCUAUCCUCCGAUCGAUCCGUCCUCCCUUUUCAUCCCUCUGUUUCAGGGGAGGGAAUGAAGAGAGGAGUUGGCUUGUUCGGAUAGUGUAUGACAGAUUUUAGGGACAAAUCUCAUCUGGCAUCAUAGAUCCAAUUUCAGCAACAUGUAUAUUGUUUGAAUCUUCUCUUGUGCUUGGAAAGCUUGCUGGAUGCAAACACAUGUUGCUGUCUCUGCUGUUGCUGUUACCUUUCCUCUUGCCUUUCCUUUGUUUCACGUAGUGCUUAUGAUUUAUUUUCCCCUCAAGAUCUCAGAAUUUUUGAAUUAGCAUCUCAUGUUCUUGGGUUCUUUUAUCUGCUUCCAGUAUUGGUAGAAUUGUUUUCCUUGUCCUGCAUAAUGUGAAUUCGGUUAUUUUGUUUGUAUUUUGUUUCUGUGGUAUAUUUAUCUGUGUGUAUUCUGGUGUACUUGCUGACUGGGGUGAUGUUUUGUGAUCACGCCAGUCAUAUUAUAUUAGCCUUCUUUUGUAGUUCAGGGUUUCAUUUCCCAUCAAAUUGCAACUAUUAUCUACGUAUAUACCAUUACAAAAGCGUUGCAGAAAGCGUUGAUUGUUUAAGGUUACUUGACUUUUUUGAAACUUUUGAUAUGUUGUUUUAGAAGGUAUCCCUUGCUUUUGUAACUUUUUGAGCCCCAUUGGCAACUUUUUUCUGUUUAAUGCAUGGAAAAGUACUUCCAUCUGUUUCUUGUUUCUAUAUGUUGCUGCUUUUGCAUAUUUUUUGCUGUCCUCAGUACUUUUGGAAGCGUUUUGCUUCUGUUGUUCCCACAGUUAAAUUAAAUUAUGUAAUCUGAUUCAGUUUCAGGAAGCAAAAAUUGAGGCUAAGGAGAUGUCUCCAGCAUCAAAAUCUAAGUCCAAGGACAAGAAAACAGGAAAGGAGCCUUCCAAGGCUUCUUCAAAGCCUUCAAACCAUGCUAGCACAGGAGGUGGGAUUCCUGCAAGUGGAUACAAUCCACUUUUGGGUACAUUUCACACAAUUGAGACAGCACCAUUGUCAUCUGCUGCUCCUCUGCAUGUUAAUGGUCGAUUUAGGAACAUAGAUGAGUCCGAUGAUCAGAGUGGGAACUCCUUCGGAAAUGGUGUGGAGUAUGAUUCUAUUUCCAAUAACGGGAGCUGGUCGGGUGAUUCAGAAGAGCAUAAAGAUAAACCAUCUCAUCUGCCUAUUCGUCAGGAGACAGUACCUGGAGCUGAUAAUGAUAAGCGAGAAAAAAUUCGUCAAAAGAAUGAGAGGAAGCAUCAGCGUCAAAAGGAGAGGCGAGCACAAGAACUACAUGAACGGUGCAGUGGCUAUCUUAUGUCAAGAAAGCUAGAAGCUCUUGCACAGCAGCUUGUGGGAAUGGGGUUCACCCAGGAACGGGCGACCAUGGCGCUUAUUCUUAAUGAAGGAAGAGUAGAAGCAUCUGUGGCAUGGCUAUUUGAAGAAGGUCAAGAAGCAGAUAAGCAUAAGGAGCAUAAUCUUGACAGUGGGAGUAAUCUAAAAAUUGACAUAUCUGAGGAACUUGCCCGAAUUGCAGAUAUGGAGAUUAGAUACAAAUGUUCCAAGCAGGAAGUAGAGAGGGCUAUAGUCGCCUGCGAGGGUGAUCUUGAUAAGGCAGAAGAAACUUUGAAGGUCCAGAAGCAAGAUCCUCCUCCUUCUGUUCCACCUAAGCCUGAAGAAACUGGUGAUCCGCCCACUGUAAGCAAUAGUAAGCUUCCAGUACCUGCUAAUCCAAACUUACUGAAGGCACAACCAAAACCACCUUCAGCAAUUAUGAUACAACAAAAAAGAGAUGAGAAAGACUUCAACUACACAAAAGCUACAGUUACAUCAGGGCCGUUGGUGGAUCCUGCAAACAAGAAUCUCCAGUCAUUAAAAAGAAUUCCGCCCAAAAUGGAUUGGGCGAAGCCCCAACAAAUUGGUGUGCCAGCAGAGAAACGAUGGCCACUUUCAAGCUCAAAUCCAUCUGUUUCCUAUUCUUUGGCAUCAUCAUUGCAGGCCUCUGCUCCACCAGCAAAGACAGAAUCCCGAUAUGUGCCUGGUGGGAGUGAACUGAAGAAUCUACAGAUAGGAUCUGUCAGAGAACCAGUAAUAGUGAUGCAGCGCCCUCAAUCCAUGAAUGGAAAACAGAAUCCCAGUUCUAGUGUAACUUCAUCCUCACCUGGGCCAACCAUGGGAUGGUAUCCUAAUAGUGUUGAGACAUUGAAGUCCAAUGGGAUAAUGCCACCUGUUUCUGGUGCAAGAAAUCCUAGUCCGAACAGUGUAAGUACAAAUCAAAUGUAUAACCAAUUUCAAUAUCAGCCUCAGCAGUUCGUGUCAAGCAGUGGUGCAAUGGAUUCUCCUGGAGCAACCCGAGCGAAUGGUUUGUGGAACAGAGCAGGCACUUCUUCAACACUAGCUCCAGCUUCCAACCUCGGGCUUUUUGCUGGUUUAGGUAUGAAUGGGGCUUCGGGGUCGUCAUCUCCUGUCGACUGGAGUACUGGUGGAUCAAUGGGGCAGUUAGAUUACACCAACAUCGACUGGAGUCUGAAUCCCGGAUCUUCCAUGUCAAGGCCUGGUUUGUGGCAGGGUAUGAAUUCUUUUAUGCAACAUGAUAAUCCACGUACAUACGAUUCGUUUUCUUCUGGAAUGGGUGUGAAGCCUAGCAUGAGACCCAUCCUGUCGAAUGGUAGUGCCAUUUCGAUGUCAGGAAUGCAGGAUGUAGUAAGUUCUACUGAAACAUCUUCUACUAGUGGUUCUCGUGAAUGGACUUCUCCGUUUGAAGAGAAAGAUCUUUUCAGUUUACCCAGGCAGUUUGUUUCCUCUCCCUCUCUGUAGGAUGAUGGUUUGAGAGGAAAGUUAAAGAAAAUAAAAAGCCAAAAAAAGAAAAGAGACAAGAAACUGUGCUUGAAAAAUUUCAUGUUGGUGUUCGUUCUUCUGAUGCUUUGACCGUGUGCUUGUUUCUGGUUCUUCUAAUCAUAGUGGAAAAAGCAUCUUUUCUUUUUGUCUUCCUUCUUAACUUUUAUUCUUGUCGCUUGUGUUGGCAAAGCUGCCCUCGGUAUGAACUGCUGCGCUCUCUUUCUCGGUCUCUCUCACUCUCUCUGUUCGACAUACAUAUAAACAUCUCUUGCAUCUGAGUUAUUGGGCUCAGUGGUUCUAUGAAAUAUCGAUCGACAUGAUUGAGG